UCCACCAGCCCCAUGCUCCCAACGCUCCAGGCUUUGGCAGCCCGAGCCGCGGUGUACAACGGGACUUGUAGUCUCCUCGUGGCUAGUUCAGGCGGAAGGAGCAGUCCUCUGAAGCUUGAGGGGCCUCUAGAACUAUGAGCCCGAGGCCUUCCCCUCUCCCAGAGCGCAGAGGCUUUGAAGGCUACCUCUGGGAAGCCGCUCACCGUCGGAAGCUGCGGGAGCUGAAACUGCGCCAUCGUCACUGUCGGCGGCCAUGACACCGCUCGUCUCCCGCCUGAGUCGUCUGUGGGCCAUCAUGAGGAAGCCACGAGCAGCCGUGGGAAGUGGUCACAGGAAGCAGGCAGCCAGCCAGGAAGGGAGGCAGAAGCAUGCUAAGAACAACAGUCAGGCCAAGCCUUCUGCCUGUGAUGCAGGCCUGGCCAGGCAGCCGGAAGAGGUGGUAUUGCAGGCCUCCGUCUCCUCAUACCAUCUAUUCAGAGACGUAGCUGAAGUCACAGCCUUCCGAGGGAGCCUGCUAAGCUGGUACGACCAAGCGAAGCGGGACCUACCAUGGAGAAGACGGGCAGAAGAUGAGGUGGACCUGGACAGGCGGGCAUAUGCUGUGUGGGUCUCAGAGGUCAUGCUGCAGCAGACCCAGGUUGCCACUGUGAUCAACUACUAUACCGGAUGGAUGCAGAAGUGGCCUACACUGCAGGACCUGGCCAGUGCUUCCCUGGAGGAGGUGAAUCAGCUCUGGGCUGGCCUGGGCUACUAUUCUCGUGGCCGGCGGCUGCAGGAGGGAGCUCGGAAGGUGGUAGAGGAGCUAGGGGGCCACAUGCCACGUACAGCAGAGACCCUGCAGCAGCUCCUGCCUGGCGUGGGGCGCUACACAGCUGGGGCCAUUGCCUCUAUCGCCUUUGGCCAGGCAACCGGUGUGGUGGAUGGCAACGUAGCACGGGUGCUGUGCCGUGUCCGAGCCAUUGGUGCUGAUCCCAGCAGCACCCUUGUCUCCCAGCAGCUCUGGGGUCUAGCCCAGCAGUUGGUGGACCCAGCCCGGCCAGGAGAUUUCAACCAAGCAGCCAUGGAGCUAGGGGCCACAGUGUGUACCCCACAGCGCCCACUGUGCAGCCAGUGCCCUGUGGAGAGCCUGUGCCGGGCACGCCAGAGAGUGGAGCGGGAACAGCUCUUAGCCUCACGGAGGCUGUUGGGCAGUCCUGACGUGGAGGAGUGUGCUCCCAACACUGGACAGUGCCACCUGUGCCUGCCUCCCUCGGAGCCCUGGGACCAGACCCUGGGAGUGGUCAACUUCCCCAGAAAGGCCAGCCGCAAGCCCCCCAGGGAGGAGAGCUCUGCCACCUGUGUUCUGGAACAGCCUGGGGCUCUUGGGGCCCAAAUUCUGCUGGUGCAGAGGCCCAACUCAGGUCUGCUGGCAGGACUGUGGGAGUUCCCGUCCGUGACCUGGGAGCCCUCAGAGCAGCUUCAGCGCAAGGCCCUGCUGCAGGAACUACAGCGUUGGGCUGGGCCCCUCCCAGCCACGCGCCUCCGGCACCUUGGGGAGGUUGUCCACACCUUCUCUCACAUCAAGCUGACAUAUCAAGUAUAUGGUCUGGCCUUGGAAGGGCAGACCCCAGUGACCACCGUACCACCAGGCGCUCGCUGGCUGACCCAGGAGGAAUUUCACAUGGCAGCUGUUUCCACCGCCAUGAAAAAGGUUUUCCGUGUGUAUCAGGGCCAACAGCCAGGGACCUGUACGGGUUCCAAAAGGUCCCAGGUGCCCUCUCCGUGCAGUCGGAAAAAGCCCCGCAUGGGCCAGCAAGUGCUGGAUAAUUUCUUUCGGUCUCACAUCUCCACUGAUGCACACAGCCUCAACAGUGCUGCCCAGUGACACCUCUGAAAGCCCCCAUUGCCUGAGAAUCCUGUGAUUCUGGCCUUAAGUGAUUCUCCCACUUCAGCCUCCUAAAGUGCUUGGAUUACAGGUAUGAGCCACCACGCCCGCCCUUUUGUAGCUAUUUUGGACAGCCUUCCACCCUCUCCCUAGCCCCCUCACUCCUCACAUCUGAGGGAGGGACCCAGAAAAGUGUUGAUGUUCUGCUUGGUCCUGACUUCCUCUGGCUGAACUCCCAGCCAGCCCUGGGCAGAUGGGGUUGGGGGGGUGUUCUGUCCAGACUGAUCUGUUCUCCA